AUGGCUACCGGCGAUGAUAUCGGCAUGAACCUCACCUACCCGAAUACACCGGAUCCAAGGGUGCCGCCGCUGGUAAUGAAGGAGAUCGACGAUGCCAAUGUGCCCAUCUUCAUGACUGGCAUUCUUCUCCCGCACAUCGUUUGCACACUCUUCAUCUUCGCCCGCAUAGCUUCCCGGCUAUGGGUGAUUCGGAAAUGGUUCAUAGACGACACCUUCAUCUUCCUUUCGUGGCUCUUCUCGACCGCCCUGUGCAUCGUCUACAGCAUCACCGCCACGACUCCUUCAUUAUUAGCAGCCCCGGAUGAGGCGUCACUCCAAAGAGACUCCAACCCGUACAUCAUGCGCACUUACCUCGGCCUGAUCUACUACCAACUGUGUCUCUGCAUCACCAAAUUCUCCAUUCUCGCCUUCUACCUGCGCGUCUUCGCGUCUCGUCCACUAGAACGCUUGUUGGCGUGGGGCACCGUUGUGUUCGUGCUCGUGUACAGCUUGCCCAUGCUGCUCAUGAGUUUCCUGCAGUGCCACCCGGUCAUGGGCCAGUUCUUCGGGAGACCGAUGAUGUGCUUCAGCUUCCCAGACUUGCUCAUCUCGAGCGCGAGCCUGCACUCUGCCACGGAUGCGUGGCUGAUCAUCAUGGUGAUCCCGUGCGUUGCGAGGCUCGAUUUGCCACGGAGGCAGAAGAUUGCGCUCGCGGUGGUGCUGAGCCUGAGUAUCUUCGUCAUCGCGGCGAGUAUGGUACGUCUGCAGCUCAGCUUGCACUUGCAUUACCAGCCCAGCAGCGCGGGUAUCUCGAAUACCCUCACCUUCUUCGUCAUGACGAUCCUGGAAUGCGACCUUGCGCUCAUAUGUGCGAGCGCGCCGACGCUUCGUCCGUUGGUGGCGAGGAUCUUCCCUGGGCUUAUGAGCGGUUCCAAGAGGAGGUCUCUGGAGGCGGUUGAGACGGAGAGCUUUGACUUGACGAGCCUCACGUAUCACGGUUACCCGUGGACGGAACCCAGCACGCCGUUCGCGAGGAGCAGGAACGCUAGCUAUGCUAGUCACUUAAACAAGCUCCGCAUGCCGGCGCCGCCUGUGCCGGUAUUAUCAAUGUCGCAUCGCGCCCCGACGACGCUGAGCUUGAGGAGUGCGAACGACGGUGUUGUGUUGAAGGAGAUGAGGUUGAGCCUUGGGGAGACGAAGGAGCCACUGAGCCCGAACCGAAUGAGCCCUAUGUCUGGAUUGAGCGGCGAUACAUAUGCCGUGGACAGACAUAGCGGCAGCACAAAGUGCGAGAAGGAUGGAAGAUUGACGAUCGAGAUACCCCAAGAGAAGGAGACAGGAAACAAGGUCCCUCCUCGUAGGCCAAGACGGCCAGAUGAUCCAGCGUAA